AUGUCUAGCCUCAGAAGAGCUCUGCUCGUUGCGGGGAAGACGAAGAUCAACCUCGAGAACUGCCAUUUUAUCACCGGAAUCAACUACAACGGCCUGAGCGUGAAGCAGCUACAGGAGCUCCGUGGGAUUCUCCGGGAAAACAGCAAUACGAAGCUCCUCGUCGCCAAGAACACUCUGGUAUACAAAGCCUUGGAAGGAACGAAAUGGGAGUCUCUGAAGCCAUGUAUGAAGGGUAUGAACGCUUGGAUCUUCGUGCAAACCGAAGAUAUCCCUGCGGCGUUGAAGACUUUCAUCAGUUUCCAGAAAGAGAAGAAGCUCUACGACAAUAACUUAGGCGGUGCCGUCUUCGAGGAAAAGCUGUACGCUCCUCAAGAUUACAAGGUUAUCGAGACGAUGCCAUCUCGCUCCGAUGUUUAUAAUACCAUGUUCGGUGCUUUGCACUGGCCGGCGUUAGAUCUCGUCAAUACGUUGCAGGCACCACCUGCGUCGGAAAAUGAGAGUGGCGCAUAG